GAAACUCCAGAGCUACUAGUCACGAAAUUCACUAUGGGGAUAUUGAUAAUCGGAAGGCUUUUGAUUACAAAGCGCUUAAUUUAUGACUGUCGAAACAUGGUCUCGGUCAGUAUGAUAAGUGCUAAACUAUCAGACCUACAUGACAACAUUACGAAAUUGUCCCAUGAAUUGGAUCUCAAACGUAAGGAAAAGGAGUCCCAAAGAAGUUUUGUUAAGAAGCUUGACUCAGAAAUCAAAGAUAAACAUAGAUUUCUAGAUAGUUUAGAACAAAAACGUGAACAGCAUGAAAAAGCUAUUAGAGUCAAUGCUGAGCGCCUGUCUGAGCUUCAAAAAUCAGCUGCUGAGUGUCAAAAAGCACAUGAAUCUUUAGAAAAACGACUAGAAAGUCAAGAACAAUCAAUUCGGUCUCUCGAAGACGAAGUUAAUGAGGCACAAAGUCUCGCGAAGUCUUCAGCUCAAGUUUACGAUGAGACUCUCAAGCUACUACAAGAAAAGUUGGAGAUUUUGGAAAAAUAUGAUCGGAAAGAAGAAUCUCUUACCAAGACUAUCAAGGAGUUGAGAGAGGAAGCCAAUUUGCAUGGGAACAGACUACGUCGCGUUGAGGCACAAGGAGACGAGGCAAAUAAACGCAUAGAAAUACUGGAAGAAAAAAUCAGGGGACUGACAGAACAAAUUAAUUUUGUAAGUCACUCAUGUUUUUCCUUUUUACAAGGAGAUUUGGGUAAUCUAAUUUUGAAAUAAAAGUAGAACACCCUUAAAAAGCUUAUUAGUAAGGUUCUAUUUCAGCCUUCAUCUGACAGCGUUGACUAUUGAAUACAAGUGUUCCUGUUUUGGCCUUUAUGUUGUUAAUAUUUUCUAGGAAAGCAUAUCCUUUUAUUAAUAUCUCGUGAGCACAAAAGGCAUGUGAUGAAUAGCAUUCGGUGGCUAAUUUUUACUGUAAGGUAAUUUAUUUCUCAAUCACCAACCAGGUACAUAUUCAUGUACUUAGCUUUCAACCACAUUGUGGUGACUAGUGAUACUGUCCGGUUUUCGGAUCUACACUAGGUGGAUCAAGCUUCAGACCUGCUACUCAGUGACUUAAAGUCGAACCACUGAUCUAUUGCUCCACUUAGAAAUGAAAAAGUCACAACCUGAUGUUUAUCGUCUUAGUUGCAAAUAAAGUGCCAUCGUUUUCAACCAUCUGGCUACUUCAUUAUCGUUUUUACGACUAACGAUGGAAUAUCACAAUGACUUUCUUAUUUAUCGAUACUUUAUGCAAGUUUCAGCAUGAACAACUGGAGAAAUAAAGGUAACCAAUCAUUUGAAGGGCAUCUAAUAUUGCCUUCUAAUUUUAAAUAAUAGAGUUAUGACUUGGUGUACAUUUUAGACAAUCUGUUUACUACUUAAAAGAUAAUGUACCUCUUGAAAGCAUAGUUUAUUAAAAGGAUUAUAUAAAUUAACAUUUUGGACCUCUAUCAUUUGUGGUUGCCGAGACGCGUUAUUUGUUUUCAGGCACCACGUACUUCAGUGUUUUAUUAUUGGAUAUUAAAGAGGGCUGGAAAGUCGCUGUAGUUGACCUUAUAGGGACAAUGAUACUCCAUGAAAAAUAGUCAGCUAUUGUUUUAAGCUCUGAAAAAUAGCGCAAAAUCUUAUGUUUUAGUCUACAAGACAAGAAAUUAUGAGAAACAGAUCUUGAAAUCGACUAAUGUAGCGCGAAUACAUCAAUCCCUUACAUCCGUCUUAGUUCCAAGCAUAACUUCACACUCCUUUCACUUACUAUUUUAAGUUGUUUCUUUUGACUAUAUCCUCUCAACUCACGACUGUUGUUAAUAUUCCUGUUUUUCUGUUUGUGUGUCUAUUCGUUUGGCUUGCUCUGUCUUAAUUUAAACCUGAGAAAAUUAUUCUGAAAUUUCCUGGUUUUGUUUUCCAAAGUGUUUAAAAGAAAAUGAACUUGCUCAGCAUUUUAACUUCAUAUAAUUUCAUCUUAUGUUUAUCAUCGAUAUAAAUAAGAUCAACCUCUAAGAAAACGAUUAAAGCAAACACUGCCCCUUAUAUUAUCUACAUAACAAAGCUAUGCAGUAAGGAAAAUUUAACAACCUCGUAGAACGCUAUUUGAAGUAGCCACGUAAAAUAGUAACCUAGCUAAAGCUAUAUAAUGAAACUCAUUUACUAAGUACUGGUUUGUGUCUGACUUGGAGCCUUUGUUUAUGUAGUAGCUAAUAGUAUUACCAUGUUGCCCACAUCUAAUCAGAUAAAAAGGCACUUCAAACUAAAAGAAUAAAGCUGUUGAGGAAACUUCCUCGACUAGAUCUGAAGCUUGUCUGAUUUUCACAGAUUUCUCAGAUUCAGUUCUGAUAGCUGUGAUAACGUAGUAGGUGACUUACUACUUCAGUCAUUCGAAUUUCCCAACUUCUAUGUCAUAUUUACCUUUGUUUUUGUUCAUAAACUGCAACAAUCGGCACUCGGGAUCGUUUAGAUGUAACUGUUUAACCACCGAAUUAUAACUAAUGUAUCAGUCGUCGCAGUAAAAAACUUGGAAGAUUACUGUGGGCUUCUAGAAUAAAUUCAUCGAUGACUACUUCUAUUCUGCGCCUCAUAAGUUAAGGCACACAAAAUUCGCUAAUAUUUAGAGCCCAUACAUCAGUCUAUCUUUCAGGGUGCUGGUAGUAGAUAAUUAAGGCUAGCUGAAUAGCUCCAUAAAGCGGUCUGUACUUUUAUGACAACCUUGAUUUUGCCUGCCCAUGGUCUCGAUGAGCUAAGUUACUUAGUUCAUUUUUAUUUUAAUUUAAACACAUAAAUAUUGGUACAAAGAGGCACCAGAUAUAUAUGCUCUGCACAAAUCUCAUUUGAUUUGUGUGAGGGCUGUGAUACUGCCCAGGUGCCCAGACUGAAGCAGAUGAUUUCCUUAGGGGGCCACACCCGGAGCCUUUAACCUAAAGGUCCGAUCCACAAGGCAAUUGAGCAUCGUAAGGAGAUGCAGUCUCAUGGUAGCAGGUGACCAACGAUAGAUUCAUACGCCAUUUGUUCCUUCUGGAUAUUGGAGCCCAUGUACACCAUUGGUUUGUGUUAUGUAGUAGCGGAGUCAUAAGUACGGGUAACUUGCAGGACCUACUAUUGGACUAUCAUUCUUAUUGUAUAACUUUUCGGUAACUAGAUUAUCUAUAUCUAUAUUCAUCUUAUUGUAAGCUUCAUUGUGACCUAUUGAUUAUUAUUGUAUGAUUUACUGUUCCUAAGUUAUGCUCAGUUUUAUUGAUUGUUGUCUCCCACGCUUACAGCCUCAUUUGGCCUGGUUUUGUACAAAUAUUAUUUUCUAUUUUAUGGUGUGGUGUGGUCUGCCUGUUUGGUAUAUAGACAAAGUAUGUUUGAAAUAAACGAUUUGCAUAGAUUCGCAUUACAGC